AGAACAGACUCUUAAAUAAUUGUCAUUGAAUUUAAAAUAAUUUAUGGGAAAAACAACAUGACUUUCAACAUACAUUUGGUCACACAUGUGGGGGCCAUUAUGGGCUACGUCAACCUUUCCAUUUGAAUCAAAUAUGGCACUCUAUUAAAGGCUAUGUUGCAGGUUUUUUUUUUUUUCUUUUCUGGUAAUUUUCUAGUUCGUAAUAAACAUUUAAACAGUUAUCCAUUGUAUUUGAUGUUGUAGGGUAUUACAAAAAAGAAAUAUAAUAAGGAAAAGUAGGUGAUAUCUUAGCGGUUAGCUACAGGUUAGCAAUGAAUCUUGUUUCUCCCACAAUGCAUUGCAUGACGUCACAUGAGGUACUCGCUUUUGGACGACAAACGAAAGCCCGCCUUAAUACCAUUGAGAGAGUGAGACGAGUAGUGAGAGUAGUAGCUAGUGAAAGAGAUCGAUAGAUUGAUAGAUAAAUAGAUAGAUAUCAUAGCAUAAAUAUAUAGUCAGAGAUAGCAUAGCAUAACAGAUAGCUUAGAGAAAGAGUAGAGAAUAAAUAGACAACAUGGUUUAUUACUGUGUUUGUGGCGGGUGCAAGAACUCCAGCAAAACUGGACAUAGGGUCCAUUGUUUCCCCAAGGACAAAGGGAUCUUCCGAAACUGGGUGCAAUUUGUCAAGAUUAGGCGGGCAGAUUUUUCAGCUAGCUCUGUCACCGCCUACUCGAGAAUAUGCAGCGCGCAUUUCAAGGAGGAGGAUUACCACUCAGGGGAUGCCAAGAUGGUCGCACUUUCUUUAAAAAGUAUGAGGAUGGCUAAGUUAAUUCCUACCGCCGUGCCGUCUGUGAAUGCAAACCUCUCUGCUUGUCCUGUCCCGAGGUCGAGAGACACCGUCUGCUGCAAGCGAUAUAUUGCCACGAUGAUGACAGAUACCUCACAGCAGGAGACCGUGGACAGUGUAGACACUGUGGAGAGUGUCGAUACUGGCGAUCAGCCCUUGCCCUCCUCCACUUCUGACGCUGUGACACAGUGUUAUUUGAAGCCCCCCCGAUGGUCUCGCGCUGUGCAGGUUAACCUGAAGCCCAAGAUGGUCAGCGUGGGUACACAGACGUCUUUCAGCCCACAAACCUCCACUCCCCUCGCUAGUCCUGAACGGACAGAUGAUGAAGAUGAUGAUAAUGCCUCUGUCGUUAGUGACUUAUCGUGGGUGCCCGAAGAGCCGAUGCAUGAGGAGGACUUGUUUGAUGAGGAGCCACCUUACGCUUGUGACCCCCACCACAAUGUUGUCUGGGCUCACUGUGUGUCUGCUUGAUGUGCUUUUGCGUGUGUGUGUGUGAGAGAAACAAAAGAAACUGUGCAAAUGUUUCAGGUCAGUAAUCUUCGUCCUUGUUCAGUAAAUGUUCAGUAACCGUUAAAAGCAAUGCCAAUAAACUGUGUUUUCUUAUCAAAA